CAGUCCGGCCCGGGAGGGGAGGGGGGGGAGCGCCAUGCUGCCGGAGCCCCCCCCCCCCCCCCCCGCGCGCUCUCCCACCCUCUCGGGAGAAGCGACUCAGGCGCUCAGCUAAAUGCGAAGGGGUGGGUGUGCUGAGGAGGGAAUGGCCGCGCAUGCGCACACGCGCGCCGAGGCGACCGCGGCGAUGGCUGCGCAGUGAGGGUUAGACCUAACGGUUGCUAUUGACAUUGGGGCCGGGCGUGUGGCGGCCGAUUCCUGCGCGAGAGCGGCCGGGAGGAGAGAAGCGGCGGCCCCGCGGAAGAAUCCCCGGGCGCCGCGCGGUGAUGCGGCAGCGCUGAAACUCCGGGCGUCGGCGCCUCCCCCCGCCCCUAACAGAGCCGGGCCCUCCGCCCUGUGCUGGGUCCGCGGAUCCCGCCGCCGCCCCCCUCUUCCCAUGCAGGGCCCUCCCUCCGCCUGAGCCGCCGCGGGAGGGCGCGGAAGCGAGGCCGGCAUGGCCCGCCGCCUGGCUUAGCCGCUCGGGCCGCGGCGGGAGCGGGCUGGGAAGGGGGCGGGAGAGCAGGCCCCGGCCCUUGCUGUGAUGCGGGGCUAGGAGGCGCCGCCGCCCCUCGGCCUGCCCUGCCCGGGCGCGGAGCCGCGCUUUCUUCUCGGCCCGGAGGCGUCGGCGUCAGCGUCUGCGAUGAACCCGGUGAAUGCCACAGCCUUGUACAUCUCCGCCAGUCGCCUGGUGCUCAACUACGGCCCCGGGGAGGACCCGCAGUGCCUGGCCGAGAUCGGCAAGCUGCUGCCCUACUUCCGGCAGUCGCUCUCGUGCUGCGUGUGCGGAAAUCUGCUGCAAGAUCCAAUUGCACCCAUCAAUUCCACAUGUCAACAUUAUGUCUGCAAAACCUGUAAAGGCAAGAAAAUGAUGAUGAAACCAUCAUGUAGUUGGUGCAAGGACUAUGAGCAGUUUGAAGAAAACAAACAGUUAAGCAUUCUUGUGAAUUGCUAUAAAAAACUAUGUGAGUACAUAACACAGACACCACUGGCACAAGAUAUUAAACAAGCUGUGGACAGUUCUCCAGAUCUUUUGACUUUGCUGAAAGACGGUUCCCCACUUUAUGAAGACCCAGAAAAAGCAUCUGAUGAGGGCUUGGCACUAUGUCUGACUUAUUCCCCAUCACCUUCAACUUCAGAGCAUGCCAACGAGCUUCCAGUGAAUAAUUCUUCUGUACCUGAAACCACAUGUGACUCAGAUGUAAAAGGCUUUGUUAUUAAUGGGUUGCCCAAUUGUAAUGGGCUAUCAACUGAUAAACUUGGAGGAAAUAUUCCUUUCCCUGAACAUGAACAUUCAAUUGAUGUUUGUAGCCCUGGACAUUACAUAAAAACUGAAGAUAUUUCAAGCAGUCUGGAACCUGUCUGUGACACCGUUUCCCCUACUGACUUGUGUGCAGAUAUGUGCAGUUUUAGUGAAGACAUAAAACCAGGUGAUUCUCUUUUGCUUAGUGUUGAGGAAGUACUGCGGAGUUUGGAGACUAGCACGGAUGUCUGCAGCCCUAAUCUGCAGCACAGUUUGGAAACCAGUUUAUCAAAUGGUCCUUUUUUGCAGUUUUCCCCUCCAGUUCCUAGCCAUAAUAUGUACAUGUCACUGAGUUCUUCACCUCAUGGGAUUUCAUGUACAGCUGCAACACCUAAAGUAGUUAAAUUAAAUAGAAAACGAUCUCGGUCGGAAAGUGACAGUGAAAAGGUGCAACCUCUUCCAAUUUCAAGUAUCCUUUGUGGCCCAACGUUGGGAGCCUCAGCUCCAAUAAUGGUGAAACAGGAAGCUAAUAUGUCUCUGCAGCCUAUAGCAACUGUUCCCAAUGGAGGUGCUGCUCCUAAAAUAGGCAAAAAUGUACUCUUAUCAAAUAAAAGCAUGAAGAAGAAUCUAGAUCAUACUGCCAAGAAAUCUCGCCCAAAAUCUAAAUCAGGAAUGCUGAAAACAAAAGAUAAAUCAAAAGGUAGCAGUCACGUCAUGCCAGGAAGUCCAACGAAAACUGUGUAUAAAAAACAGCAAGAAAAGAAGGGGUGUAAAUGUGGCCGUGCUACCCAAAACCCAAGUGUUCUUACAUGUCGUGGCCAACGUUGUCCUUGCUACUCAAACCGGAAAGCCUGCUUAGACUGUAUAUGCCGUGGCUGCCAAAAUUCAUAUAUGGCUAACGGGGAGAAAAAACUGGAGGCAUUUGCAGUGCCAGAAAAAGCCUUGGAGCAGACUAGGCUUACUUUGGGCAUUAAUGUGACAAGCAUUGCUGUGCGGAAUGCCAGCACAAGUACCAGUGUAAUUAACAUGACAGGGUCACCAGUAACAACAUUUUUAGCUGCCAGUACAAAUGAUGAUAAGAACUUGGAUGAAGCUAUAGACAUGAGGUUUGACUGCUGAGUCAUUCUUCUUUUGUCUUUCUCCCCUCCUUUUACCCUGCCCCUGGCCUUUGGUAGGGGGAUUGCUACAAUUUUGAAGGCAGCUAUGGUUCUGUUUAACUUGCCGGAGCUCCUACGUAUAGAUCACUUGUAUCAAGUGUUUUUUCAUUGCUAUGUUGUGUGUUAGUGUCUGGGAAAUAGUUUGACAGUAAUGCGGAGUUACCCUGAAACUGUCUUUAGUUCUUACAGCACCUCAUAGUUUCGGAUGAAAUGCUAAUGUAAAUGAUUUUUAAUACAGAUUGACUUCUUUGGAAAAUAUUGACCUUGUUGUACUAGUUCAUGCUUUGUGCUUAAUCAGAUAUUGAUUGCAUAUACCAAAAUGGGUUCUAGUCAGUCCAUUAUAGUUGUGGUAAUUUAUAAUGUAUCUAUUACUUACAGCACAAUCCUAUGCAGUUAACCCAGUCAAAGCCCAUUAAAAUGCACGGGCUUAGACUGGAUAACUUUCCUUAGAAUUGCACUGUUAAGUUUUGUUUAUAAAUUGCACAAUAGUGGAAGUCUUGGAAAACAUGUCAGAAAAAACACACAUUAUUUUUAGACAGGAAAAUGAUCAACUUAGUACUUACAAAUUUAUUCAAAUGAAAUUUUAUAUUAAAUUGAAAAUUACUGUAAUUGUCCAACUGUUGUGCAGCCUUGAAACAAAAGAACUUUGAAUCUAGACACUAUUUUCAUUUGAUACCCCAAAGUUUUCAAAUACAGCUUUUUCUUAUGUAUAACAGUUUGAAAAUAAAUUGCAUUUGUUGUGAAACUGCUGUCUUCUUCAAAAAUUGUUCAUUCUAUUUUCACACAUUGAAAACUGAUGCCAGUAAUAUAUUUCACGCCUAUAGCAUUAACAUUUUGGAAGGCUUCAACAUAAAACAAUUUAGAUUUCAUGUCAAAGUUAUCUAGGAUCCUUUAUUUUAUUUUAGUGGAGUGGAAGGGAGGCAAUUUUUCAUUGACAUUAAUAGGGAUUGUAAAUGAAGUUCAAUUCUUACUUGAAACUAGUAAGAUUAACAUGGUGACCUUAGUAUAUUCUAUAUUUUAUAUAGCAUUUACUAGCCUUGCAGUAUGAGGUUAGUCUUAAGCAGAUUUACGCCCUUCUAAAUCCAUGGGUUUAAAAGGGUCUUACUUUCUGUUCAGGAUUGCACUAUUAAAAUCUUCUGGUUCACAGCAGCUAUCACUAAUAGUAUUAGGACGUACUUCCACAUUAAAAUCUGUGGAUAGUAAUAUGCUCAGUCCCAUCUCUCUUGUCUUCAGAAACUAGGUAGUUUGGCAACUCAAGAACUGUAUAUUACACCCAAAACAAUAGAUGAGUUCUUUUCUAGGUACUCUGCCGUAAGUGAUAUCUUCCGUUCCCCAUUGGUUCUAGAUAGACCUUUGGAACAGCAGCUGAGUACUUGUGUUCAGAAUAGAUGCCUUCCCUGAAUACAUAUUUAGGUUGUAAUCCUGCAUGCUGGAGCACAAAGAGUAGAGAAGCUUCUGCCAGUCUAAAAAGUAGAUAUCCUGGUAUGUUGUUGCAGGAAUACAUUGCCAUGAUCAGACUUCCACUUUCAGCUGAGAUCCUUCCAUUUCUUCUCCUUCAAGUAUGGGAUCUGCAUUUUCUCAUUUUUACAUUCUCCCGCCCCCCGCUGCAUGGUUCCUUUCCUGCUUAUUCUGGGACCCUGUAAAAGAAUCAAGUGCCCGAUCUGUAGAGGUAACAUAUAAGACAACCUUCGUUGAAAGUGAAUGGUAUAUAGCAACAGCAAAGGUAUACCGAUACUUGAUCACUAAAGGAAUUAUUCCAUGCUCUGUUCUCUGUGCAGGAUUUACCCUUUAUUUCAGUUACACCAAGUAUACCAGUUUAUGUCAAUCCUACUUUUUGGGUGGUAUCUACUAUUUAAAUUAGUUGAAUAAACUGUGGACUGACUAGAACAGAAAGGAUUAUCUCACAAUCUGCAAGGCAAUAUCCUAUUUAGAGCAAAGAGAUGUAAUGUCAUAGUUCUGAGUUGGCCAUCUGGCUGUUCACUGAUUGUUGUUGCCAGUGAAUUAUGACAUUAGACACAUUUGGAUUUGGCACAAAGCAUGCAUAGUGAUAAUUACUAGGUCUGCAAAGUAAGCAAAAGGUUUUGGACACCAAUUGGAUGAUGCCUCCUUUUUGUUCUGUAGUGUACCAUGGUGUCAUUUUAUGUGAAUGUGGUCAAAUAGCAUUUUCUUGGCUUUUUGGUUUGUUUUCCCCUGUCAUUUCUGUGGGUAGGGCAGGGUAGGGGUGGGGGUUAAAGCCAUAGGAAGAAGAAUGUGAUGUAAGUGUUCAGUAUGUACUUUUUUUGUUUCUGUUUUACAAGAAGAGUUGAAAAAUAUUUUUGAUAAUGAGAGUAAAUGGUGAAAAAUGCUCUUUAGUAUUCUUGUCUUUUUUUUUGCCAGGCCAGACUCUUGAAUUCAGUGUGCUUUAAUUUUAAGGUUUAUUAUGUCCUAUUAAAACAUCAUUGGUUAAAUAUGUAUGUAAUUUUGUGUGGACAAAAUGGGAUCUACCAUUAUCUGCUUCAGUGUUCUAACCUUGCUAGUAUAUAAAUCUGAUUUUGGGGGGGUAUCUGUAAGAAUACUGAUCAAACAAAAACCUGGUGUGAUAUUCUGAUGGCCUGGGUAUGAUCUAAAAAUGUCUUUGAACUGUUAAAAAUAUUUUCUGAGGUUGCUGCUAGUACAGUUACAGAGCUCCAGUAUGUCAUGAGUGUGCCUCCCAUAAUAUGGGAAUAAAUUUAAUAUCGUUAUACAGCUGCACAAAACAUCACUCUAGUGGCUGCUGAUUAAAAUAAAAUGUUCUUUGGAACCACUUAUUAGAGAUUACAGAUCUUUAAUGUAUUUGCUAGUGGUGAAUCAGGUUUGUUUUAAAAACUAGUUUCCUUCUGCACUGCCACAUUCUUAAACUGUGUAUUAAAAUUUGAGCUGAUUAAUAAAUGUUAGCAUUUUAAUUUCA